AUGUCGUCGUUACAUUCUGAUGAUGAUCAGGAGGAGAUAAAUGUAGAUUCUGACAGCAGACUUUCCGGCCAGUGCGACAGAAGUGGUUCCGAAGACCAUGAUUCUGACUACCACGACAGAUACCGCGACUCACCCCAUAUCACCGAAACCCAGCCGCGGGUCAACUUACCAUUUAGCAUAUCAAGACUAUUAGGAAAACAAUUUGACAUAGAAAAACGAAAUUCUGGUGAGAGUGACGAAAGAAGUGAUCAGGACACUGAGUCUGAAAGUGCCAGGGAUGAUGGGAAGGACAAUUUAGCUUUGAAUUUCGCCCAUAACCCUAUGUAUACGAACUCUGGGUUAUUGUUACGGCCUGGGUUAGGUAUUGGUGGUGGGUAUGGGUUUUCCAGCAACCCAGGGGUUGUGAGGGUGCCAGCGCAUAGAGCCUUGGGUGCGUUGGGGGCUUGGGGGGUGGCUCUGGAUCCUAUGAGGCAGGCAGCCGCCGCGGCCUUUGCACACCAAGUUGUUAAGGAUAGAUUAAAUGGUGAGUAA